AAAUUAUUAGAGAAAGAUCGGAAAAAGAAAAGCAGUGUCCAAUGGGUAACACUCAGUCACCUCCGGUGGAUCCUCGCUUCGCCUCGGCAUCCAGAGCUUUUACGCAAAAGGAGAUAGGAGAUCUCAGAGCACUGUUCGUGUCCGUGGCUGCCCAGUCACAGAGCGACGGUCGAUACAUAUCUCCCUCUGUCUUUCAGGCAUACUUUGGACUGAAAGGGGCUCUUGGGGAGAGACUCUUUGAUUUGGUUACGCAGCAAAGGAAAGACCAGAAAUUGACUUUUGAAGACCUCGUAAUUGCCAAGGGGACUUAUGAGAAAGGAACAAAAGAUGAGAUUGAGGAGUUUGUUUAUCAAUUAUCUGAUGUCGCAGGUGAUGGUGCUUUGGGGAGGUCUGACAUAGAAUCUGUUUUAGUUACGAUAUUUGAUGAUAUAUUCAAUGUGAAAAGUUUUGAACCUGGAUCAAGUUCACAAGGGGACAUGGUGGACAUAUUUCUUAAUUCUGCUACCUUCUCAAGGGGUGAUGAAAGAUGCAAUGAUGAAAGUAUGUCUUUUGAAGAUUUCAGAAAGUGGUGUACACUUAUCCCAUCUCUGAGAAAGUUUCUAGGAAGUCUACUGAUUCCACCUGAUUCAGGGCGACCUGGAUCUCAAGUUCCUAAAUUGCUGCAUUUAGAGAGUAUUGAUUCUGGUAUGUUGUUACUGAGAAAGGAGUAUGCUUGGCAUAUUGGAGGAGCUCUUUCCCAGCAAGAGCUAGAGGAAUGGAAACUUUUGUAUCAUAGUACUUUAAAUGGCUUAAGUUUCAAUACAUUCUUGGGCAGCAUAAUUUUCUCUUUCUGGACUAUUUUUAAGUAGGAGUGAAAUGGAUAAUUGUUCAAUUGAACUGCAGAAAUGAUAAUGGG